AUGGCGGGGGAAAUUGAAGGAAGUGCUCCACAAGCAUCUGUCGAAACCAAAAUAAACCUUGUAAGGUUGAGAGAACGAGUGAGGAGUUACAUUGAUAAGCACCACUAUGAUUCAGCAUUGUUUUGGGCAGAUAAGCUUGUAUCACUGUCUGGAGGUUCUGUGGAAGAUGUAUAUUGGUAUGCUCAGACAUUAUACCUCACAGGCCAGUACCACCGUGCCUCACAUCUAUUGCGAAACAAGAAGUUAGACAAGACACAUCCAUCAUGUCGAUACCUUGCUGCUAAAUGUCAUUACGAGUGCCGGGAGUGGCAGGAAGCACUCAACAUCCUCGACAUGGUGGAUAACACUCACUCACUCAACACAGCGCCACCUAGGUUCAACCUCACAGAUGCUGAGACAAACCUUCUUAUUAAAGAUUCUGAAAACUCAGUGAACCUACUCCGAGGUAAAAUUUACGAAGCAAUGGAUAACCGACAACAGGCAGCAGUCUGCUUCCAGGAGGCACUGAAGCAAGAUGUCUACUGCUACGAAGCAUUCGACCUCCUCGUCAACCAUCACAUGCUGACGGCAGAGGAAGAGCGAAGCCUACUGGAUUGUCUCCCCUUCCAGUCCCAGUGUCCAGAGGAAGAGGUGGAUCUGGUGAAGUUCCUGUAUGAGAACAAGCUGAAGAAGUACAACAAGCCGGGCGAUAUUAACCUACCUUCCUCUCUAGCAUGUCUCAACGACAACCUUGACAUGGUCGUCAACCUGUCUGAACGCCACUACUACAACUGUGAUUUCAGAGAAUGUUUCUCAAUAACUUCAGAGUGGCCUGGUUUGGCUGAGUAUUCAAGCCACAACAUUAAAGCCACAACAUUAGAUCGAGCAUAUGGACCUGCGUGGCUGGCGUUCGGACAUUCGUUUGAGGCAGACAACGAGCAUGAUCAAGCCAUGGCUGCUUACUUCACUGCCUCUCAGAUCAUGAAAGGGUGUCACCUGCCAGUGUUGUAUAUUGGCCUGGAGUACGGACUCACCAACAAUGCCAAGCUGGCCGAGAAGUUCUUCAGCCAGGCUCUCAGUAUCGCACCCGAGGAUCCUUUUGUCCUUCAUGAGAUGGGCGUCAUAGCCUACCAGAACAACGACCUGGUGGAGGCAGAGCAGUAUUUCAUGGAGGCGCUGAAGAAGGUGAAGGCCAUCAGCAAACAGACCAUGGCGGAGAAGUGGGAACCACUCCUCAACAACCUCGGCCAUGUCUGCCGCAAGAGGAAGAAGUACGAAGACGCCCUAGAAUACCACAAGCAAGCAGAGAUGAUCUGUCCACAGAACCCCUCCACGUACUCAGCCAUUGGCUACGUCUACUCCCUCAUGGGCGACAACAUGAAGGCCGUCGACUGCUUCCACCGCGCACUCGGGAUCCGCAGAGACGAUGCAUUCUCCACCACCAUGCUGGGUCAUGUGAUCGAGGCCCUGAUGAUGGAUAUGUCACCGUGUGAAGGUAGUGAAGAGGAAGUGCCAAAGUUUGACAACCCAAAAUUCAAACUGGUGGCCACACCUACAGCAAUGUCUGUUGCCGAAGACACGUCACCAACUGCCACACCCCCUAACGACAGUCUAGCGGACACCAGCCUAGCAAUAGAUGAGGUUGAGAUGGAUGCAAGUGACUGAAAGGAAGGGGACAGUAUUUUCAUUACCAAGUCUGUGCUGGACUGACAACUUCCCAUCAACCACAGCUUGGCAUUACCAAUAUGGACAUAUGUGGAGGAGGGUGUGUGGUUAGCGGCUGAGAUUAUUGUUGUGGAGCCGACAGUCAACGGUUGAUAGGGAGAACUGUUAACACAGAUAAACAUUGUCAGUAAACUCAGGUUGUCUUCCAAGUUUCCAGACUAGAAAACCGUGUUGUCAAAGUUGAGGAACUGCCCAAGAUGAAAACUGCAAUGGUCAUGAUGAGUGUGACGAGAGGAGUGUGGAGAAAGCAUUGGAAACAUGAGCAGGGUGUUUCUACACUUUAAGUCACAAACUUGGCCAUGAAGAGAAUAUGAUGGAACUUCCAAAGUUUUCAGAUAUAUGUCCAUUGGAGAGAGCAAAUAUACAAGAUUACCUACCACA